UGGAACGACUCAAUGGUCAUUUACCGACUACCAACCAUAUGUAGCGUUCGCGAACGCGGUUUGAAAUUCAAAGUGUUCUAGUGGCGGUUGCGAAAAUAAAAAAUAAAUAAACGUUCCAAUUUAUUUGAAUUUGGAAUUUGAUUAGUGUCAUUUUUGUUUUAAUUUUGCUGUUGCAAAUGUGAGUGAUUGUUUUUUUGUGAUUUUUUCUUUAGUUGUUUUGGAGAUAUUUUUUUAUCCGCCAAGAUGAAUCAACGGAGCUUUAGCCAGUUCAUCUCCACGAUUCUCUUUAUUGCGCUUAUAAAUAUCCACGGGAUUAAUACACAAGUUGAGACAGCACAGGCAUAUGAAACAACAACAUUAGACUACAACUUCACACAAAACACAGAACCCGACUACAGACCACAGACCACGGACCAGUUUGUAGAAAUAGCCAACCAGAACGGACAGGAAGUCAAAAUUUCAGAAGAUUUUACGCACGAUGCACCUCAAAGCGCUUCCAGAGUGCUGGUUGCUCCCAAACCGAAUAACACCAACCAAUUAAACGUGGAUUCAAAUCUGAAAACAGUUCCAAAUGUACCAGCGAAACAUCCAAUUAGAAUGCUGCAAGAGCGUGGAGAACCAUCCAUUAGCAGAAAUGUGAAAGAUGCAAAAAUAAGGGCACAUGUAAGAUACGACGAAGUUACUGGAGAACUGAUGAAUGGAGAUCACCCGUGUCAUAGAGAAUGUAGGGAAGGAGAGGAACCAAUGAUUUGCUACUAUCACUUUGUGCUUGAAUGGUAUCAGACGAUGAGUAAAGCUUGUUACGAUUGUCCGUACAACGUGACGGAUUGUUCCCGCCCUGACUGCAUCCCAGCUGAUGGAAUGAACAGACCUUUGAACGUUGUUAAUAGAAAAAUGCCAGGACCCGCAGUAGAGGUAUGCCAACAUGACCGUGUGAUAGUAGACGUGGAGAAUGACCUGAUGACGGAAGGUACUACGGUACAUUGGCACGGUCAGCACCAGAGAGGAACUCCUUACAUGGAUGGAACGCCAUACGUGACUCAGUGCCCUAUAUUACCUGAGACUACAUUCAGGUACCAGUUCAACGCUACCCACGCAGGCACUCACUUCUGGCACUCCCACUCUGGCAUGCAGCGAGCUGAUGGUGCUGCAGGCGUCUUCAUCGUCAGGAAGCCCAAGUCACAGGAUCCACAUGGAAGACUGUAUGAUUAUGACAGAUCUGAGCACGUUAUGCUGGUGACCGACUGGAUCCACGACCUGGCUAUCGGCAUGUUCACUGAUCACCAUCACUCUACUGGAGACAACAAACCUCCGACGCUGCUCAUCAAUGGAGUUGGAAGGUUCAAGCUCUUCAAUGAUACAGCUAAGCCUGUUUAUAUGCCAGCUGCUAGGUUUAAUGUUGAACAGGGCUACAAGUAUCGUUUCCGCGUGAUCAAUGCUGAGUUCCUGAACUGCCCUAUAGAGCUGUCUGUGGAUGGUCAUAAUAUCACGGUGAUUGCUUCAGAUGGUUACGACUUGCAGCCUAUUACAACUACAUCGCUAGUAACGUACGCAGGAGAGCGUUACGACUUCAUAUUGGAAGCCAACAAUGAGAUAGACAACUACUGGAUAAGAUAUCGCGGCCUUAUGGAUUGUGACGAAGUAUUCACAAAGGCGAAGCAGGUCGGUGUCCUGCACUACGAAGGUGCUAUGGAUCUGGAACCACCCGGUGACCCGACAUGGGAGGAGCUGCAUAAUGAGGGAUUGCAACUAAACGCCCUGAAUAAAGGUGAGGAAGAUGAAGAAACCAUAAGCGUUGCUGAGAUGAGGUCUCUGGAGGGCUACGACGACAGUCUAAAGGAAGUGGCUGAUUACCAGUUCUACGUGGCUUACGACUUCUAUGCGAAGAACAACUCCCACUUCCAUAGGUCACCUUAUUAUGGAUAUUACCAGGUCCCAAAGAAAGAAAAUCGUCUAUACACACCACAGUUGAACCACAUAAGUAUGAAGCUGCCCUCAAGUCCUCUCCUCACCGCCAGACCAUCAACGGACAAUUUCUGCAACUCUUCAAGCAUUGACGAAGCUUGUACUGAAGGCUACUGCGAAUGUUCCCACGUCUUAGCAGUCAAACUGAACUCAGUAGUCGAAAUUAUCAUCGUUGAUGAAGGAGUCACUUUUGAUGCCAACCAUCCUUUCCAUUUACAUGGACAUAGCUUCAGAGUAGUCGGACUUCGAAGACUGGCUAAGGAUAUCACGAUAGAUGAAAUCAAGGCGUAUGACAAAGCUGGUUUGCUUAAAAGGAAUUUAAAGAACGCUCCAAUCAAGGACACGGUUACAGUACCCGAUGGUGGUUAUACAGUUAUCAGGUUCAAAGCGGAUAACCCUGGAUACUGGCUCUUCCAUUGUCAUAUAGAAUUCCACGUUGAAAUUGGAAUGGCUUUAGUAUUCAAGGUUGGUGAACACAAAGAUAUGGCUCCGAUACCAAGAGAUUUUCCUACGUGUGGAAGCUAUUUACCUGAUAAUAUGUUGGAGCAUGCUACUACUGAGAAACCAAAGAGUGAUGAUGUAAUUUCUAUAUCACAUUGGUGGCCUGUAGUGUUUAUAAACAAUAGUACAUCAUCUAGUACUAAUGUUCAAGCUUCUGUAUUGGCGAUAUUAUUUACUAAAUUGAUAGCGUCAUUAAAUUGGUUAUCGUAGUCUAUUUUUAAGAGUUAAUAAUCUAGAUUGUUGAUGUGAAUAGUCCAAUUGCAAUUUUCCUUAGAAUAUUUGUAUGCGGUAACUAUUGGAACAUGUACUUACUUGAUUUUUAUUUAUUUCUUGUAAAGUGUUAGUUUAGGUAUUUCUUUGACAAGACGACGACAUAGCUGAUUAAACUGUUGAUACAGUAAAGCAAUUGAAGUAAUAUAUUUUUCAAAAAUUGCUUUUCAUAAUACAUAUUAUGUAUAUGUCGUGUCUCAGCCACAGUAGUGUUAGUGAAGUUGAUUGUAUUUACUAUGCCAACGUUUUUGUCUUGCCCUGUUCAAAUCUGAACUUACUGUUUUCAAGAGUAGGCUUUCUUUUAUGUUUCGCAGCAGUCGGACAAAAAAGGUAUACGAGUAUAAAAUAAGAUAUUUUGUUUUAAAAUUGGAGCUAAUUUAAUAUUGUUUUUCAUUACCAGUGAAUAUUGAAGUUAUCUGUGAAAUUGUCUUUGGAAUUUUCUUUAAAACGAUUUCAUACUAGCGGAUUUUUGUCGCGCGUAGUAAAACCAUGUGUAUCGAGCAUAUCGAGUAUGUCGUUCAGAAAAUCCGCUGGUGUGAAAAUGCUGUCAUCAUUUUAAACAAAAUCAUUUUUUUAUACGAUUCUUCUUUUGUUUUUAGAAGUUCCUUUCAAAAUAAAGUUUUCUGUGCUAUUUCUGUGCUAUAACCUAUUUCUGUAUUACCGAAUAGUACUUAUUAUUGUUCAUCAUUUUACUCUGCUUCGUCGCAAUAAUUAAUACUUACAACAGGAGAUUAUUUUAAGUCUGUGAUUGGUUUUAAACGAAUCGACCAAAAAGUAGUAUUGAACAUUUUAAAAAAAUGUUUAGGUUUGUUUUGUCGUUGACGAUAUGUGAUAUUAUUUAGUUUUCAUAAUGUUAAUGUAAUUUUUAUUUUAAGUAUUUUAUAAUGGAAAAAUAAGUACACUUACCAACUGCAAA